GCCAUGUGGCUGCUGCCGCUGCUGAUGCUGCUGCUGCUGCUGCUGCUGCCGCUGCUGCUGCUCGACCUCGCGAUGAAGCGUCGCGCUGCUCGCAAGAACUAUCCCCCAGGGCCGAUGGCGCUGCCGAUCGUCGGCAAUCUGCACCAAGUCGUGCGGCUGGUCAAGCAGACGCGUUUCCAUUGGGGCGCUUGGAGCCGCCUGUCGCAGAUUUACGGCCCGGUGUUGAAAAUUCGGCUGGGCAUGGCCAAGCCGCUGAUCGUCGUCUCCGGUCGAGAGGCCGUGCUGGACGUGCUCCUGAGGCGGGACUUCGACGGCAGACCCGACACCUACGAGACUCGCCACAGGUGCCUCGGACGAAAGCGAGGAAUCGUCUUGAACGACGGCCAGGACUGGUGCGAACAGAGAAGAUUCCUAUUGAAAAUCUUGAAAGACUUUGGGUUCGGCAAGCAGAGCAUGGAAGAGCUGACGCUGGAGGACGCCGCCGCGCUGUGCGACAUAAUCCACGAGAAAAUGCUCGACAGGCCGAUCGAUAUUCAUGAAUUCUGCCAAGUGACCGCGGUUGCCGUCAUAAGCAGUCUGUGGAGUUUGAUCGCGGGUAAAAGGUGCGAUCCGAGCGAAGAAAAUUCGGAAGUGAAGGAUAUCCUGAGCAUUCUGAACGAGUCGUUUAGAAAUGGAAGCGCCACCGGUGCGCUGUGGCAACACUUGCCUAUUCUGCGUCGCCUCGUGCCCAAGUACUCCGGAUUCGCCGAGCAAGACAGAAGGGUCAGCGCGAUGUCGAAAUAUUUCUUGGACGAAGUGGCCCGGCACAAAUUGACCCGAGUGCAGGGAGAGCCGCGGGAUCUGAUCGACCACUACCUCGACGAAAUAGGGUCUCGCUGCGGCAGCGGCGAAUCCUCCUCCUACGACGAGCUGCAAUUGUCGGUACUGCUGAAAGACAUGUUCUCGGCGGGAAUCGAGACGACAUCCAACGCAAUAGGCUUCGCAAUAGCUUACCUGGCCAAAUACCCAGAGGCUCAGAGGAGAGUCCGAGCGGAGCUGGACCAAGUGAUCGGGAGCGCGGGCGUGCCCAAGCUUGCUUACAAAAAUUCACUGCCAUAUCUGAGCGCAACAAUUGCCGAAGUUUCGAGGUUAGCGAACAUCGCGCCAACAACAAUAGCGCACCGGGCCGUCGUCGAUUGCUCGUUAAUGGGCUACGACGUCGAGAAAGAUUGGUCGCUAAUUGCCAAUCUGCGCAGCGUUCACAUGGAUCCGGAUCACUGGGUUGACUCCGAAGCCUUUCGCCCCGACAGAUUCAUCGACGGCGCCGGCCACUUCGUCGAAGACCCCUGGCUCAUACCUUUCGGGGCAGGGCGCAGGAAGUGCUUGGGCGAAAACUUGGCGAGGAUGAGCCUGUUCGUGUUCGUGGCGAGCCUGCUGCAAAAGUUCCGAUUUGGGCUGGCGCCAAACGAGACGGCGCCUUGUAUGCUCGGAGUCAACGGUUUCACCGUCGCGCCGCCGCACGUCAACGUCCUCAUAGCGUCGCGCUCUUGCGGCUCGCGCGACAACGCAUGAAUUACACAUCUUGCCCGGAAUAUACAAUGGACUCCGAGCUUCUCUCCGCGUGCUACAUCUCGCUAAUUGAUUGAC